GAUUGUGCUUUAUUUCCCACUUCUAUCAAAUUCAUGCAUUGCCGGUAAAAAGCUUGUCCUGGAUAAAUCCACAUGCUUCUAGGCUCUAAAACAAAAAAGAAUUUUGACAAAAAAAAAAAGAAAAAUGAAAAGCAAAAGAGCAAGAGAAUCGAAGUCAAGAGAAGUCAAAAAGUCAAGAUUUAUUGAUUGAGAGAGAAAGUUUUUAAGGUUUACCCCUGAUGAGGUAAUUCAAUCAGGCGAGGGAUCUUCAAGGCUAAGGAACUUUGAAAGGGCAUGCCACUUCCUCCAUUUUGUUAAAAAGGAUUAAAGAGAGAGAAGAGACAGUUAACAAAAAAGCAAGAGUCCUUGGUAUAUCAUGGCACAAAUCACACCAACUUCUGAUCAUGAUUUUGUUGAUGAUUUUUACUACUUAGCACUCUUUGAUCAAGAUGAAGAAGAAAUCUUUCCUCCAUCCGAUGACAAAUAUGCUGAAGAGUUGCAGUUUCAAGAGGCUCUCAUGUCAUCCACAGUAUCUUCACAAAUGAGUAAUACUAUUUCCAACCCAUUCAUCAUCCAUGCUUCAUCGCCAAUAUUAAUCCAAGCCUUCCCUCAGCCAGAGUUAAAGGAGAUAAAAACAAGGGAAGCUGGUGAAUCCUCCUUAAGCUUCUGUGAGAUUUGUGUUGAAAGGAAAGAAAGUGAUCAGAUGUUCUCAACAGAAAGCUGUGUACACUCUUACUGUUCUGAUUGCAUUGCCGAGUAUGUUUUGACAAGGGUUGGAGAAAGCAUAACGAUUAUUACGUGCCCUGGGGUGAAUUGCAGGGCCGUCUUGGAACUGGAUACUUGUAGGCCUGUGCUUCCCGAGGUUGUAGUCCGUCGCUGGGAAGAUGCUCUCUGCCAAGAGUUUAUUAAUGCAUCCCAAAGAUUUUACUGUCCUUUCAGGGAUUGUUCAGCCCCAUUACUGAAUGAGGAUGGAGGAGAAGUUAUUAGAGAAUCUGAGUGCCCAUUCUGCCAUAGAUUGUUCUGUGCACAGUGUUAUGUGCCCUGGCAUCCAGGGAUUGAAUGUGAGGAUUUCCAGAGGCUUAAUGAGGAUGAAAGAGGGAGAGAAGAUCUCAUGGUCAGGGAACUUGCCAGCGAGAAGAAAUGGGCUAGGUGCCCCAAGUGCAAAUACUAUGUCGAAAGAACAGAAGGUUGUCCACAUAUGACUUGCAGGUGUUAUUUCCAGUUUUGUUAUGGUUGCGGAGAAGAGUGGACUUCUAGUCACAGUGGCUGCCAGAGGAAUUAAGAGUACAACAACACCACAACAGUAAACAUUAUAUCUUUAAGUUGGUUUUAGUCUUUGAAAUAAGUUGUUAGCAUCGAAAUGGAAACGAAAUUAUGUGAACAAACUUAAUUUGGUCUAGUGUUCUAGUUUGUGAAGGUCAAGAAGAACAAAUGUUCUGCAGUGUGAACUACUAUUUGUUCAACUUAUUACUGAAAAUUGCUUGCUAUUGCUCUAAAAGUAUGUGAAAGAUGUUUGUCCAUUGGAGCUAAAUUGUUCUUGAUUAAUCA